CAAGAGCGGCAGCAGCAAGAGAAGCAGCAGCAGCAAAAGCCGCAGCAGCAGCAAAAGCCGCAGCAGCAGCAAGGGCAGCGCUGCUGGCAGCAACAGAAGCCCCAGCGGCAGCCGCAGCAGAAGCAACAGCAAAAGCCCGGCCCCCAAAGACAGCAGCAGCCGCAGCAACAGCAGAAGCCCCAGCCACAGCAGCAGCAGGAGCCGCAGCGGCAGCAGGAGCCGCAGCGGCAGCCCCAGCAGCAGCAAAAGAAGCCCCAGCCGCAGCAGCAGCAAACGGAGCCCCAGCCACAGCAGCAGCAAGAGAAGCCGCAGCGGCAGCGUAGCAGCAAGCGGCAGCAGGAGCCCCAGCCGCAGCAGCAGCAAGAGAAGCCCCAGCCGCAGCAGCAGCAAGAGGAGCCCCAGCCGCAGCAGCAGCAAGAGGAGCCCCAGCCGCAGCAGCAGCAAGAGAAGCCCCAGCCGCAGCAGCAGCAAAAGGAGCCCCAGCGGCAGCGCAGCAGCAAGCCGCAGCAGGAGCCCCAGCCGCAGCAGCAGCAAGAGAAGCCCCAGCGGCAGCGUAGCAGCAAGCGGCAGCAGAAGCCCCAGCCGCAGCAGCAGCAAAAGGAGCCCCAGCCGCAGCAGCAGCAAACGGAGCCCCAGCAACAGCAGCAGCAAACGGAGCCCCAGCAACAGCAGCAGCAAAAGGAGCCGCAGCCCAAGCGGCAGCGUAGCAGCAAGCGGCAGCAGGAGCCCUAG